GGGAAGAUGUAGUAGGAUGUCCCUUAGGGGUAUCCGUACCUAUGUAGGACAUGUGAGGUUUAGGUGAAUAAACAGGCUGGAGCUAGAAUUGCGUUGUCGCGCGUCCUUAUUUUAGAUCAUACUAGAGUCGUGACUUACAUAAUGAGCAUGAGCUCGAAGGGGAGUGUCCAACUCCGGCAUGUAUAUAUAGAAGACCAUCCCGCGCUGAAAUAGAAAUGACGAUAUUGCCGGUAGAAGAGAACAGCAAUAUCUCCCAAUGAACCAGGAGGAGAAGAGCAGGAAGUGAGGAGGCUACGAUCCAGUCGCUGUAGAGCUGUGAUGCAGAGCCCUGGUAUGAAGGCCGGUGGCCCCCCUGAUGGGGGCUAUGGAUGGGUGGUGGUCACCUCAGCCUUCUUUAUCAUGGGCCUCACUACAGGCGUCCUUAAGAACUUCGGCCUAUUCUUCCUAGAGAUCCAGAACCACUUUGGAGUCCUCACCAGCACCACCUCAUGGGUCACCUCCACUAUGAUAGUCAUGUUUCACUUGGGAGCCCCAGUUGCCAGUGUCCUGAGCAUGCACUGUACCCAGAGGGCAGUCAUCAUGAUGGGAGGGCUCCUCAGUGCUUCAGGGAUGAUCCUGGCGUCUCUCGACCUCAGUCUUCCAUGGAUGUAUCUCAGCAUAGGCGUACUGCAAGGUUUGGGACUUUCAUUUUCCUGGUUACCAGCCAACAGCAUAGUGAGCCACUACUUCCUGAAGUGGCGUCCCAUAGCGUACGCCAUAGCCAGCUCCGGGGAGUGUGUUUUCGCCAUGGUGUUCAGUCCUUUUUUCCAGUGGCUCAUCGAGGUCUACACCUGGCAGGGAGCUCUGCUGGUCAUAGGGAGCCUUCAGCUCAACCUCUGCGUCUGUGGAGCCCUCAUGAGACCUCUUGAAUCCAAACCCCAUAAUCACACAAAGCCAAAUAAGGACGACCACCAGGACUCCAAAGCUGAUGAUGACCCGACACCAAAAAAGCUAAGCUUCCAGUGGACGUUGCUAAGGAAACCAGAAUUGCUGCUCUACAUCCUGUUUGCCAUUUUCGCUGCUGCAGGAUUUUUCAUCCCACCUCUAUUUGUGGUUCCCUAUGCCACCAGUCUGGGAUUGAAGAACUACUGGGCGGCGUCCAUCCUGUCUGUGCUGGCAUUGGCUGACCUGCUUGGUCGUCUGGCCUGUGGUUGGCUGGCCAACCUGAGGCUGGUGAGGAACUUACAACUGCUGACAAUGGUUGUCACCAUGUUGGGGGUAGUGCUACUGCUGCUGCCCAUUGGCAAGGACUACUCAGUCCUUCUGGUCUUCUCCUCGCUCUACGGUUUUCUGUUUGGCUGCGUUGUAGCCAUCCAUGUGACGUCUAUUGUGGACAUAGUGGGCCUGGAGGGGUUCGACAGCGGCCUGGGACUCUUCAUGCUUUUUAGAAGUAUCGGGGGCUUCAUUGGUCCACCUGCUGCAGGUUGGCUGGUUGACCUGGACAAAGACUUUGGUGCAUGCUUCUACCUGUCUGGAUUGGUUCUCAUCCUAUCUGGUGUGUUUGUGGUGCUGGUGGACCGACUUGUCGAGCGGAAGAAGGCCUCUCCAAGUGAAACCGAGCUAGAGGCCACUCAGGCCUUUGCCUACAAGAUGGGAGUGAAGCUGGUUGUUAGUGAGAGCAACUGCAAAUAAUGUUACUCUGUUUCAGGGGAUAUUGCAGUUAAUGUUUGCAGUUCAUGAGCUCUUGGGAUGGCUUCAUUCUGAGCUUGUAUCACCAAGUCACGGUUUUAUCUAUAUGAUUCCAAGAACACAGGAUGAGAUGUUACUAUCCUUUGUGCAAGCACUUCCAAGAGUUAAUGAACAGUGAGUGUGGUGAAAUUUGGGGAGCGCAUCGUCAGUAGUGUACCUUUGGUUCCUAGGGUGUUUCGGCCUUUCACACUAUACACCCUCCCCAAAGGCGGCCAGCGACAGGGUGAUCAAUCCUACGCUUGCGUCCCAUUCCCAAUUAGUCAUAGGAGUUGCCUUGUUGUUGAUAGCCAACAUCCCAUGGGACUAUGCAUGGCAGGGGCGUCCUCCUCCCUGAGUCUAGCAUUGUUGACUGCAUACCUCCUGGCCCUCUCACUUCGGGGCCCAGCUGGGGUCUUUCCUCUUCAUCCAGAGCCACUGACUGCUGCCGCCUCUGAUACAGCUUUGAUUGCCGAACGCUGACUCUGGCCCUUAAUUCCCAGGUCUCUAAGCAGUCUGGUUGUAGAUGUUGCCACAAAACCUCUGCAGCCCACCUCCACUGGUCGGACUUCUGUGUUCCAGCCAUGAUGCCGUGCUUCGGCAGCUAGAUCAGCAUAGCGCAGAUGUUUUCGCUCAUAAGCCUCAUCUACUGAGUUUUCCCAGGGUACUGUGAGCUCAAUGAUGAAGACCUUAUUGAGUGAACGGGACCAGAGCACCAUGUCAGGUCUUAGGGUGGUGGUUGCGAUCUCCGGAGGAAACACAAGUUGCCGGCCAAUGUCAGCUAGCAUUUUCCAGUCGCGGGCCAAGCGCAGCUGGUCUCGCUCUAAUGGUGUAGAGCGUCACAGGAGUAAGUAAUGGAGGGUGUUGACAUUAUACCUGGUCAUUCACCAUUUGUGAAGUUCCCCGUUUACAUAUGUUUGAACAGGUUGUACAGUAGUUUUUAUCACUUUUAAUGCCUACCAUGAUGUAUUUGAAUGUUCACUGAUUUGUCUUGAAAUUGUCUGUUAUAUACUUGGCAUACAGUAUACCUGUAUGAACAUCUAAAGUUAUUUUUGUUUUAAUAUCUGGUGCAAUGCAUAUAUUAAAUGUUUUUUGGUUAGACCUGCUGCUAACACCUAUGCUGAGGCACAUAAUGUGAGUAAAGUGAGUAAAGUACUUUCGAUGUGCCGUUUUACCCAUACAUUAACUGGAAUGUCAUGUGCUAUAGAGUUAAUGAUCAAUGUUAUUUAUCCCCUUUACACAAUAGAAAAUUGCACAUGGCAAUCUAGAACUGGUGCUGUGGCUCAGCACUUCACAUAUCACCAGUGCCUUAUCUUCAAUAGACUCUAUUCAAGUAUAUCAAGCUUCAUGGUUGUGCAAAUUCCUUCCAUCCACAUCAAAGGUUGUCAACUGUUGCCACACCAUUUAGUCCUCCCCUUAUAAUGGUGUUUCUGAAAUAAUGAUCAGUCUGUUUCAAAAGCUGAAUGUGUUCUGUGGCUUUUAAAGCUUCCUUCACUGCCAUUGGAUGCAAUGAAACCACCCAACUUUAAAAUCCAACAAAUUACAUGCAGCUGUUGCAAGUUAAAACACUUGACUGUGAUAUUGCCUAGACUAGAUUUCCCCCCCCCCCCCCCCCCCCAAAUAUCACAAGACAUAAAUACAAGGGUACUUUUGCACCCAUCAAGUGUUUAUUUUUGCAAUUGAAUAAAAAAAUGGUGGCUGUACAAUGGCACAAAUCUGCACCUUUUAUCCCAAUGGUUGAGUCAAUUGUCUAGGGCACAAUCGCUCUCCUCUGAUCCUGAAGUUGAUUUGCUACCAUUUCACUUACACACUAACCAGACCAAGGCAUAUGCUAGUCAUUUGUGAGAACAAUGGUGUGUGACUGGAACUGAUGCUCAAGUUUGCAAGCUCUUCAAAUCGAGUCUCAUACAUGGUGUUGAA